CAAGCGGACUAAACACACACAAUGGCGACGGCAACGGCAGGCGGGACGGGCUCCGGCGGACCGGCCACCGGCCCGGUCACCGGCGGCGGAGGGGCGGCGGCGCUGGGGCGGAAGAAGGACGGCGGCCCGGCCACCAAGUUCUGGGAGAGCUCGGAGACGAUCUCGCAGAUGGAGACGGUUCGGCAGUGGAUCGGGAAACACUACAAGAAGUAUGUCCAGAACGAUUCGCCCUCCAGUAAGUCCCUGGCGGGCCUGGUGGUCCAGCUGCUGCAGUUCCAGGAGGACGCGUUUGGACGCAGAGUCAACAAUCCUGCUCUUACCAAGCUACCUGCAAAAUGUUUCCAGGAUUUCAAGGCAGCGGGGGCUCUCUGUCACAUCCUGGGAUCUGUCUACAAGUUCAAGAGUGAGCAGGGCUGGCGUCGAUUUGAUCUGCAGAAUCCCUCCAGGAUGGACAGGAACGUGGAAAUGUUCUUGAACGUUGAGAAGAACUUGGUCCAGAAUAACUGCCUGACUCGACCCACUGUCUUCCUGUCGCCGGACAUCGAGCAGAAACAGGCCAGUAAGCUCAAAGACAUCGUCAAGAGGCACCAGGGCUCGAUUACUGAUGACAAGUCAAAGGCCACCCACCACAUUUAUCCCUCAGCUUCCCAACAAGACGAAGAGGAGUGGCUUCGACCGGUCAUGAGGAAAGACAAGCAGGUGCUGGUGCACUGGGGUCUCUACCCAGACAGCUAUGACACCUGGGUCUCAGCCGGCGAGGUGGACGGUGACGUGGAGGAUCCUCCGAGCUCCGACCGACCCUGGAAGGUUCACGCCAAGUGGGUUUUAGAGACAGACGCCUUCAACGAGUGGAUGAACGAGGAAGACUACGAGGUCGACGAGAACAAGAAACCAGUCAGCUUCCGCCAGAGGAUCUUCCCCAAAGAGGAGGAGUCUUCCCGUACACCCGAUCGAAAGGAGCGCAAAGCCAACUCCGCCGGCAAGAAGAGGAGGCGCUCGCCCUCGCCGCCCAGCACUCCUGUUGAGUCUCGCAAGAAGGGAGGAAAGAAGGGGAAUCCCGGGCCUCACUGGAAGCGACGAGUUCACAGAGGAGAAGAGGAGGACACGGAGGAGGACACGACCAAGGACCUGGACGACUCGUCGGCUGGGGCCAGCCUGGAGGAGGGCAGCGUCUCCAAAAAUGCAAGUUCAAAGAAAGACAGCGAAAGCACUCCGGUGAAAGGAGGGAAUGUGGCCGACUUGGAUGACAUGGAGGACGACUCUGUGCUGUCUGGUGGAAAGGAUGACGAGGACACGGGCAAAGCAGAAAUCAACCGGCUGAUCGACACUGGCGAGGACAACGUGACUGAACAGACUCAUCACAUCAUCAUCCCCAGCUACGCUGCCUGGUUCGACUACAACUGCAUCCAUGAGAUUGAGAGAAGAGCCCUCCCCGAGUUCUUCAACGGAAAGAACAAGUCCAAAACUCCAGAGAUAUACUUGGCCUAUCGUAACUUCAUGAUCGACACGUACCGGCUGAACCCUCAGGAGUAUCUCACCUCCACCUCCUGCCGCAGGAACCUGACCGGAGACGUGUGCGCCAUCAUGAGGGUCCAUGCGUUCCUGGAGCAGUGGGGUUUGGUCAAUUACCAGGUCGACUCAGACAGUCGCCCUCUGCCCAUGGGCCCCCCACCCACCCCCCACUUCACUGUGCUGGCUGACACACCCUCCGGCCUCAUACCCCUGAACCACAGACCCCCACCGAUUCCUCCUCAACAGCCGAUGCCCAACUUCAUCGACAAAGGCAAAGAGAAAUCCAUCGACCUGCAGAACUUUGGCCUUCGCAGCGACCUCUACAAGAAAAGCGCCAAGUAUGUUUCUCUACAGGCUAAAGCCGUCACUUCCACCAGGGACUGGACCGAGCAGGAGACUCUACUGCUGCUGGAGGCUCUGGAGAUGUUCAAAGACGACUGGAACAAAGUGUCGGAGCACAUCGGUUCCCGCACCCAGGACGAGUGUAUCCUGCACUUCCUGCGGCUGCCCAUCGAGGAUCCUUACCUGGAGAGCACAGAGUCCACUCUGGGUCCUCUGGCCUACCAGCCCAUUCCCUUCAGCCAGUCUGGAAACCCCGUCAUGAGCACUGUUGCCUUCCUGGCGUCUGUGGUCGACCCCAGAGUCGCAUCUGCUGCAGCCAAGGCAGCGCUAGAGGAGUUCUCCCGUGUGCGUGAGGAGGUUCCUGCUGAGCUGGUGGAGGCUCACGUGAAGAAGGUGCAGGAGGCGGCCAGGAGCACAGGGAAGGUCGACCCCGCCUUCGGCCUGGAGAGCAGUGGCAUCGCUGGCACGGCCCCCGAGGAGCCGGAAAAGACCGAAACCGCAGAGCCAGAAAAGAUGGACACGGACUCAGACUCCCAACAGGCUGAUAAGGCGGAGUCGAAGGAAGAGGCAGAGAAGCCCAGUGAGUCUGCAGAAAAGAGCGAGAAGACGGACGCUGCGGACAAGGUGAAGAAGGAAGGAGCAGAGUCGUCGGACCACGAGGAGGAGGCAGAGGAAGAAGGAGAGGCCAAGGCGUCUCCAGCAGAAAAAGAAAAGGAGGAGACCAUGGAGACAUCGCCCUCAGAGCAGGAGAAGGAGAAGGAGGAGAAGGCAGCUGAAGAUGAGGGAGAGGAGAAGAGGAAGAAGCUGGAGCACGACAUCGGAGAAGGAAACAUCGCCACGGCGGCCGCAGCUGCUCUGGCAUCUGCUGCCACCAAGGCCAAGCACUUGGCGGCCGUGGAGGAGAGGAAGAUCAAGUCCCUGGUUGCUCUGCUGGUUGAGACGCAGAUGAAGAAGCUGGAGAUCAAGCUGAGGCACUUCGAGGAGCUGGAGACCAUCAUGGACCGAGAGAAAGAAGCGUUGGAGCUCCAGCGGCAGCAGCUGCUCACCGAGCGCCAGGCGUUCCACAUGGAGCAGCUCAAAUACGCCGAGAUGAAGGCGAGGCAGCAGAUGGAGCAACAAGCUGCCGCGGCAGCCGCUGCCGCUGCCGCUGCUGCUGCCCAGGCCCAGGGACAGACCCCCGGAUCCGGGCCUCCUCAGCCAGGCAUGCACCCCGGAGGACCCCCACCUCACCACGGAGGACCCCCACCACACCACGGAGGACCACCGCACCCUGGAUACCCCCCAAUGGGUCACCACCCCAUGGCCACGCUCCACCCGGGACCGACAGGACCGAUGGGACCAAACCAGCCGAUACCUGGACGCAUGAUGCCCGGACCACCCUCUGCAGGGGCCCCGUCCAGCGGCAUGGCUCCCAUGAUGCCCCCCCGCCACUCUGGAGCUCCCAACGGCUUGUACCCCGGCCCAGCGCCUGCACAACCUGAACCGGUUCCUGCAGUUGCUGUGGGUCCUCCAGCCCCCCCGAGUGCACGAGUGGCUGACAACUAAGAACUAAACACACACACACACACACACACACAAACAAAAGCACACACACACAAAACUAACUUUAUCUUGCGACCGAUUCAAUAUAUUCCCCUCAGAUCCCAGAUAUUCCAUUAACGUCUUCACAGGACACACACACACACACACAGACACACACACACUCAGGGUUCAGUGGCAAGGGUAACCCAAUUAUACACACACACACACACACACAUCCAGGCUUCCUCUCAGGGCACAAGACUUGUCCAGUAAUAAACACUGUUUUCUGCUCUGUCGGGUCAGAUGGAGGCUGGAGAGAAUAAGUACAGGACAGUGUGUCAAUCAAGCCAAUCACUAGGGGGAGCUAGUGAGUCCAGACAGCAGGGGUUUGUGUGUUCAUGCCCUGAGCUGUUACACACAAACACAGACCAUUCAGACAACAACAUGAUAAAACACACACACACACAGAAGAGGACCCAGCCUGCCCUCACUCUAGUCUUGUCGAGUAUCUACCUCUCGCUCCUCUUUUUAAACAAUACACUGUAGUUCUUUGUGUGUCUGUGGAUGUGUGUGUGUGUGCUCAGGAUAGAGGAGUGUGAGAUGAAGAGAUGGAGAAAUAUGAUCGUCUACAGGCAAACAAGUUUCAAUUCGACAUAUUAAAGCACGUCGAAGACAAUUCUGGGUUUUACAAAUAACAAAGUAAUUUGUCUCCGCCCCCUGAUGUAAACUAAGAUGAUUAUAUAAUUUAUCUUAUCUACAAACCCCAUGAAAAGCCCAAAGUCAACAAUGUACUGUACUCGUCCGUCUUUCAUUAAAUCUCCACCUUGUCUCCGGCUCUCGAGCCAAUUUGUUCCAACUGUUGAGUGAAAUCUUUUAAAAACCCUCAAAAAUAAUUCCAAUUUCAUAAAACUUGUACACAGCAAAGCUCUGGUGCAACGUUGUGGCACAUUGAUGUAUUUCUAAAUAACAAUUAAGCUGAAUCCGUAAGAAUAAAACAUUAAAUAUCACCAAACUUUUCUUUAAGCAUUAACACAACGCUCUCAGAUCUGAGUCUGUUAACACACACGUACACACAAACACACACAGAAACGUAAGCUAGGCUGAGGCUCACACUGGAGGCUGCGUCCACACACACCGACCUGGCCAGACCCUGCUACACACACUGGACACACACAGACACACACAUAUAAACAGACACAUACAUAUAAUCUCCUGCUGACCUUCACACGGCCUUUACAGAGAGGGAGACGCUGUGAUGCGGCUCGAUGGAAACACGCCCGACGGCGAGCGGCGACUCCUCGGCGCGGUGGCUCGUAGACGUUUUUAGGUGCUGAUACUGUAGCGACUGAAC